CUUAAAGCUAAAAUAAGUGACCAGUAUCUCUUCGCCAUUCGCCACAAGCAGUUAACAUUGAAAUGGAUUCGCGGACCUUUGUAUUCCUCUUGCUAAUUGGCUGCCUUAUUGUUGGAUGUUGCAUGGCAGCGCCUCAAGGAUGUCAAGGUGGAUUUUUUGCCAAAAACGGGGACCUGCAUAUCAACACGUUAGAAAUUGAAAGAUACCUGGAGUGUAUAAACAAAGAGCAUCAACGUGGAUAGUUUUAUUCAUUAGUAUAUCUAAUUUUAUAAAAUAUAUGCACAACUGAUUCUAAUUGAAAUUUGGAUGAUUAUUUGGCAAUAAGCAACUGCAGAUGCAGGCGCAUGAUACAAUAGAAAAAAAUAUCGGAAAACACUUCUUAAAACUGGUUUUUUGUUUAUUAAGCAUUCAGAAUAUUUACUCUUAUUAGUUCAUUGAAUAAAAUACCUAUUAACAAUUUAA